AUGAAGACUUCCAUGAUUUUGCUGCUCUGCGCCGCAAUCGUUUUGGUUGCCGCCGAAGACAAGAAGGGUCCCGCCCGCUAUCAGGACGAUAAGCAGCAUGAGAGUCAUGGUCAGCCACAGCAGCAGCAGCAGCAGCAUCAGCUGAAGCAGCAGCAAUCUCACGAUCAGCACCACCAGGCCCCAGCAUCGCCACAGAAGCAUAAUCAGCAGCAGCACGCACAGCCGGCCCCUUACAAGCAUAAGCGCGAGGCACCAAAGAAUACCGCUGAGGGACAAUCGACCACUGCCGCACCGAAGGUAAGCGUAGAUCCGAAACAACCGUCGGUUCUUCCGGCCACCGUCGCUGAAGCACCGAAAAACAAGCGUGACACCGUAGCGGCCCAACCUGCUGCCCGCCCAUCCACGAAUGCCCCACCUAAGACCGGUACUAACAGCCAGCAGAGAAAGCCCCAAGCACCGCGCCCUACCGGUGCCAAGCUGAACCGUGACCAGCCCGCGAACACCGCUCAGUCUGCUACCAAUGCUAAGGCUCCGGCUAACGUGAAUCAACAAAGUUCUUCCCCGACCACGGCUAACCCCGCCAAGAAGGUGUAA